GAUCUCUCUCGAAGGCCCAGGACACAUCCAUCAGUACGCUUCUUCCCUCCGCCAUAUUCGUUCCUUUCGUCCCAAGUCACCAAGUCACACCGCCCAUGACUGGAUCUCUACGCAAGCAUUGGCAGCCUAGUGAAGAGAUUUCAACCUUUGAUUGCGAUAUUGCUCCCCUACGUCACUGCCUCAUUCCAUUCACUUGACAAUAGUCACCAGAGUGGGUCCUGGCUACGGUUCUGCUCCUGAGAGGUCUAUAAAUUCUUCCUCUAUUUCAUACCUUUCUUCCGUUCAAUCUUUCACCAAACCCUCCUCACAUCCUUUGCCUUCUCGAAGCUCUUCGGCUUUCCUCUGCACUCGCGAGUUAUCUCUUCUACUCUCUUACCUCUACAUCCACAGUUUACCUAUCUCUACUCCUCAUCAUGCCUUUGAGCAAGACAAUCCCCCUGGAUGAGUACCUCGAGGCUCACAAAGAGAAUCUCAACCGCGAGAGCGAGCCUCGUCCGAUUGCCCAGCCCACCGGCUCCUACGCCAUGCCUCUCCGCCCCCUCUUCGACAUGGAUGAGGAGAUGACCGAGGAAGAGGCGCGCUUCUUUAACCGUCGCUAUCAGACCUUUGUCGAUAAUGCGAACACGUUCAUUGCCAAUCAAUGCCAGACCCCCGAAGAAGCCAUCCAGUUCCUCGUCCGCCGUGUCGCCCGCCAGGAUGCCGCCGUCGACCGCCUCGAGCGCAAGUUCACCAAGUCAGUCGCUGCUGCUGUGGAGCAAGAGAUUGAUAUCUUCUUCGGCAAUAAGCCCACUCUCGAGCGCAUUCGUGGCAUUAACCGUCGGUUAAAUCAGAUGCAGCUCGAGCUCAAGACUUUUAAGGAUGAGGUCAAGGCUCAUCCCGAGUUCAGCGGCAGUCCGGAGGAUGUCAAGGCUCGGAAGGCGGCCAUGGCUGUUGCUGCCGGCGUGGCUAACCAGAGCAAGAAGCGGAAGAAGGUUGCGGGAACGGCUGUGCCUGUUGGGAAUGGUGCUGGACAGGGGCCUGAUGGGUUGGAUAUGAUUUAUGAAUCCUUGAACAACAUCGUCUCCCACAUGCGAGAUCUCCGCAGUAACUCGAGCCUUGUCACCGCUUCUGAUGAGGAGCAGUGUCUCCCUCAGUUGGGCCAGUUGCAGUUGACUACUCCCACCAAAGCUGAGCAUAUCAUGAAGGAGGAUGAUGCUCAUGCGAAGCUGGACGGCGCGGGUGACGACGCCGAGAUGGCGGAUGAUGAGGCUAGCCAAAUGACUGCGACUUUGCCGCUUGCCGUCCCCGCUUCCGCGGCCAACACCCCCACGCGUAGGUUGGGCAGCGAGAUUACUUAUUGCUUGCCUGUUAGGACUGUUGAGUAGCAUAGAUACCCUGCUGAUAAGGCUGAGUAAACGGCAUGCUUCAUUGGUUUUUCUAGUCGGCGUUGCUUGAUGGGUUUGGUGGGGAGGACACAUGGGAUAUGGGAUGAAAUGGAAUGACCUUCCGGGAUAACCGUGCAUGGGAGGUGUUUGGGGAUAUCAUCAGGGAGUUGUUAUUUCGCGCUGCUUUUUUACUUUUCGUAUCGCUUUGAAAAGGGAAGGUAUCACAGGCAGCUAUUUAUGGCGUACAGAGACCAAUGAGAUUGCGCUGAUUUAUAUUAUUUGGUGCGACUGCCUUUGUGAUCUG